AUGACAAAGAGUCCUUGCCAGUUAUUUGAUAGAAAUCAUAUAAUUAUUGAAAAUAUGAUAUUUAUGUUAUGUGGCAUUGAUACCGAAUAUCUAUCUAUUGGUAUGAAAAAUAAAAAAUACGCUCUACUUUUAGAAGGAAAUUAUCCUCUUGAAUACCUUUUUCCUUUUGAAGAAAUUUGCAUAAAUGUUAGAAUUACACAUAAAUUCAUUUUUAAAAAUAUUUCUUAUGAAAAUUGCAUAAAAAAAAUAAUUAGCGACUUUUUUUUAAAGCAUAAAAAGUUGUAUCUCCUGAAAAUUGAAGAAAACAGGAAUACACGAGAUUUAGAAACUUUAUAUGUUAGUAUACAAAGUUUUAUAGAAUUAUUUAGAGAUUUUAAGUUCAUUAUUGAUGCUUGUAGAACAUCUGAUGACUCAGAAAUAUAUUAUAAUAUUUUCUCUGUACUAGAAAAACCUAUUUUUAAAGAUUUAAAAAAAUCUAUUACUAAACAUUUUGAUGAUAAUAUUAUUAAUUGGAUAAUAUACGGUAGUUUAUCGUCUUCAUUUUUUAUUACAGAACAUAAUUUAAAUCUAGAAAAUAUUGAAGAAGGAUUUUGGAAAUCUAAAUAUUAUUUAAAACCUAGUGCUAAAUCAGAGGAAAAUGAAAAAAUAUUAAAAUGUGGUAAAUUGGUCCAAUUACUUAAUUGUUUAGAUAUUAAUAUUAUUAAUUAUAUCAGUCAAGAUAUAAUACUUAAGAAAGGAAUAUCUGGCACACUUUCUUUUGUAAAAGACAUAACCUACAAUUUGUUAUGUAAAGAUUUACAAUAUGAAAUUUUUUUAAUGGAAAAAUAUCUGUUAUUGCAAGAUAUGUCAUUUUAUAGCGAUUUAUUUACAGAUUUAUACAAUGAUAGAUCAUUUAACUUAUCUAACGAUUUUUCUAUACAUUCAGAAGAAAAUAAGAAAUUAAUUCGCAAAAUUAAUUUAUUUAAAAAAGUAGACAUGAUUUGUUUUAAAUUAACAAAUUAUGACAUAAAUAACACUAUUUAUAAAAUUUUAAAUACAGAUUUACAAGUCAAAAAUAACCAAUCGAUUUUAGAAUUUAUUACACUAGACUUUAAUCCUAAAAUUCUAAAAUUAAUACUAACAAAAAAAGAUUUUAUAGAGUUAGAAAUAAUUUUUAGGUUUUUAUUUACUUUUUCUGUUAUUCAAUUUUUUUUACAGAAAAAUUUUCACUAUCGAUUUUCAAAAUUAAUGUUGUGUUUUGUACAGCAUCUAAAAUUUUCAAUUUUUUCAGAUCUAAAAAAUAUUAUAUUUAGUGAUAUAGAUAACCUUAUAAGAGAUAUUAAUAACACUAUUUUAAAGUAUCUAAAAAAUCUUUUUUUAAUUUCUAGUGAUACAUAUUUAAUAUUAUCACAAAUUAUAGAUUUAACUUUUAAUUUUAUAGGUCUUGACAAAAAAGAAGAAUGUAUAAAUUUAGAAGAAUUUGAAAUUAAGUUUUUUUUGAUUGUUAAACAGCUUUAUAAAAAGUUGAAACAUGAUAAUUGUGACUGGUGGUUUUUAAAUGCGUUAGAAUGUUUAUGUAAUGAAAAUUUGUAUAUGUUGUAA